AUUCAGUAGAUAAUCUGCACGUAUUCAUGCGCAACGAGACAUACACCAAUCACGUGUCUAAUGCCGAAUGCCAUAUUGCUAUGUUCUUCACCCUAGUCACGCGAUUGGUGCCUUUUUACAGGCAUUAAUAAUGCACUAACAUACAAAUUCGUUUAUUAUUGGCUGUUAUUCGCUCUUAUAUAAGCCAACUAAAGGCUCGAACGAACUAUGGAUUCAAUUUAACCUCAUUGGCGCGAAGGCUGCGGAGGCAUGCGGAGGUUGACACAUGAUAAUUCGGCUUAUCGUUAUCAGUUCGUUCGUCAUACGUUGACCAUAACUAGACAUAAAUUUAAUUAAUGAAGAGUUCAUCAUACGAAAGUGCCUAUACCACUCAGACCAGUCAAGAAAAAUGAACACGAAGCUCCUGUUCGUCGAAUCGGUGGAGGUUCUGCGAAACACCUUGCCGCAUUAUCACACCUUGCUGGAGGCAGUCCUGGUGCUUUGGAUAGUGUGGUUUAUUUCUAAGAGACGAAGUGGCAGCCACGAUUCGGUACCCUCGGAAGAGCUAGUUGAGAAAAAAUUAGCGGAAUGGCGGCCGGAGUCUCUCGUAACGGAAUCACCGCAAGAUCAUCCUUUGCUGAGUCCCAGACGCGUCACCUCCAAAGUCGGAAAAUGGGUGACGGUCGACGGCAAGAAUUGCCUCAACUUAGGUACGCAUAACUACCUGGGUCUAUGCGGUAACGCGGAGCUAACGGAAAAAGCGGUGGUGACUAUAAACAAGUACGGCGUUGGAUCGUGCGGACCACGAGGUUUCUAUGGAACCGUCGACGUACAUCUCGAACUGGAAGAUCGUCUGGCCAAAUUCAUGGGCAUGGAGGAAGCUAUAAUAUAUUCCUAUGGGUUUGCCACUUUAGCAUCCGCGAUCCCAGCUUAUUGCAAGCGUAAGGACUUGAUAUUCGUGGAUGAGCAAGUAAAUUUCGCCAUACAGAAAGGGCUAGAUGCGUCACGAGGAAAUAUCAGGUACUUUAAACACAACAAUGUUCAGGAUCUACAUAAUCUUUUGAUGAAACAGAACGAAGUGGACAAAAAGAAUCCCAAAAAGGCAGUGAAGAUUAGACGCUUUCUGAUUAUAGAAGGUAUUUAUAUGAACACGGGGAACAUCUGUCUUCUACCAGAACUAUUGGAUCUUUGUAAAAAAUACAAAUUGAGAAUCUUCAUCGACGAGUCGAUAUCGUUCGGUACCAUUGGUCCGAGUGGAAGAGGCGUUACUGAAUACUACAACAUUCCUAGAAACGAAAUUGACAUGAUAAUGGGCUCUUUAGAAUGUGCUAUAGGAACUAUCGGAGGCUUUUGCGUGGGCACAUCCUUCAUCGUUGAUCAUCAACGUUUAUCUGGUCUUGGCUAUUGUUUCUCAGCGUCUCAGCCACCCCUCCUAGCAACUGCAGCUAUCACUUCUUUGGACAAAAUUGAAAAUAAUUUGGAAAUAUUUCAAUCUUUGAGCAACAACACCUUAUUGAUGGAUAAUGGUCUGAAAGAAAUUCCAAUGUUGAAAUGUACUAGUUCCCCAAAAUCACCUUUGAAGCAUGUAUAUUUAAAGGAGCAGAAAGAUCGUGCCACCGAGGAAAAAUUACUAACUGCAAUCUCUAAUAAAUGUAUAGAAAAUAAUUUAGCGAUUAUAUUGCCUGCCUAUUUAGAGGCGGAAAGAAUUUUGCCUAGACCUAGUCUUAGACUUUGUAUAUCUGCUAGUCUGGAUGACAAUGAUAUCAAGUUUGCGAUAAAUACUUUGAAAAAAUGUACAGAAGAAGUUUUGUUGCCUUUUUUAUGACUGAAAUAAAAGAAUCUUAAAAAAGAUUUAAAGAUCCGUUGAUCUUGUAUACUAAAAAUGUAUAUCUGAUAUUUACAUAAAUAUCUUAGGCCAUAUCAACACAAGUUACACAGGUACCUUAAAUCAUAGUAAAUACUCUUCUUUCUUUGUACAGUGUUAAAAUAAAAAUAAAUGAUGUAAAAAUUA